UUACAGCUUACUUAGUGAAAGUUCAAAGGUUCAAACAGAACAUGGUUUAUGAGCCUACCUUUGCCCUAUGGUGCCGUGUGUCAUGACUGGUAUGUUUAAAAGAAGUCUGUGUGUCAGAUCCACAUACACUCCAAGACUCAACAAACACAAUCACAAUGUUCAGGUUAUCACUGUUGGUUUGUACCUCUCUACUAUUGUAUGGAAUCACAGCAAAGCCAUUCAAACUGUCUGGUAAAGUGGCUGAUGCAGCGUUCCAGGAAACUCUGAUGGACUUGACUGAAGGGAAGAUGCCUUUGGGACUGAGAGAGGUGGAGCCUCCAGAGGACAUGGAUGUCACUGACUAUGACAUUAACCCCGACAUGGCCAUCUGGAAGAACAUGAGAGGCAAUGGACAGGAGGAGAAAUACCUGAAGGCCGAGAAGGACAGUGACGAUCUCUACCACCCCUCCAUGGAACAGAGCCAGAUGGCAGACAUCCUCGGAGCCUGGCCCCAGCCAGAGGACACCUUCUCCAGGGAGGAUGUCCAGGCAGAACCCCUGGAGGAGGGAGACAACCUCGAGUACUACCAGGAAGCAGAGGUAGAUCAAGACGCCAUGUCACACACAUUCUCAGACGAGGUGGACCCAAAGGAGCCUGAGGUAGACUGGGAUGAGGUGUACCACCCUGGGACCAAGGAGGGGGGAGACGGAGCGUACCAAGUGGUUGUGCCUUUACAGGAAGAGCUCAUCCCACGAGGUGGUGAUUUCCAUAGAGUUCAUACUGUUCCAGAGGAAGAUAUGGAUGACAUUUAUCAUGGGGACAGGUCUACACAUACCCAGGUGGACCUCCUUCCGAAGGCGGCAGAAGUCCAGGAUCAAAGCAAGGUCAUCAAGAACAAGCAACCGGAAGAGGACCGAGAUGACAUCUACCAUGCCGACCCGCCUGCAUCAGUUCCUCACCACAGGGUGGCUGACACUCCAGUAGCUGCUCUGCUGCCUUAUGAUCAGGCAGUACAGAGGAAGCACACCCAACCAGAGGAAGACCUGGAUCACCUCUACCACCACUAACUGCCUUUGAGCUUCACCUUGAUGUCUCACCCAUCUCACACACAUCCAGGUUGACAGCCCAACCAUUCAAAUCAGAGUAAUUUGUUCUGUAUGAACCUGUUUUUGAAUGAUGAUCUAUCUGUCUUCUGGAACAAUAAAGACACAGUAAGGCUAACACAGAAAGGCUUAGCAGAAACAAAACGUAUGUUGUCCUUUGGCAUUUAGUAGUGUCAUAAGGGCAAUUACAUUGUCUUGUAGAAAGGAACUUUGCAGGAACCCCUGUGGCUCAGUGGUGUAAGCAUGUGUACCA